GCAAACUUUUACUGUGUUGUAACCCAUGUUAGUUGGAGACGUUUUUUUGUAUUUUUAUAAAAUACACAAUUAAAUUGCUUUCAUCCUUUUUAAAACAAAAGGUUACCAGACAUCAUGGAGUGUUCAUCCAAUGGUGAUGUUCCUUUGACAGAUAUUCUGAAAAAAGACACAGUGGAGACAGCAUUCAAAGCUCCAAGUUUUGUCCUUGCAUCAAAGAAGAAAAUAAAAACAAGUUCGGAGGCAGAGAAAGCUUUUCAAUCAUCAAAAUAUGAACCACCUGGGACAGAGAUUUCUGACAAAUUGAAUGCAGACAAAGCUGACAAGAUUUCCGAAGAUGGUCCCCAGCCUGUCAGCAGUGUGUCAGAUGAAGGUUCUCAAAAUGCCCCUGAUAGUGCUCCUGAUGACCCCUCUUCUGUUCUCAUGGAACCAGCACUUUCUGAUGGUGCUCCUACUGUUCCAUAUCCUGUCGUUAUGAAACCCAUGCUAUCACCAGCGGAGCAGCUCAAGCUAGUUACCCAGACAACUGUGCCUUAUAAAGAGCCACCGUGGAGCUCAGUGUGUGAGGAGAAGUUUGCACUGGAGGUGAUAAAAAAUGGCGCUGUUGUUGACAACAUAGACCUGACAACCCGUAACUUUCACAUUGUCGGUCGACUGCCCAGCUGUGACAUUCCAAUGGAGCAUCCAUCACUUUCCAGACACCAUGCGGUGAUCCAGUAUAGCGGCGGUGGCACAGAAGAAUUCCCCAGGGGCUGGUACCUUUAUGAUCUGGACAGCACGCAUGGUACAUGGAUCAACAAGAACAAAGUACCACAGAAGAAGUUCCAUCGCAUACAUGUUGACUAUGUGUUGAAGUUUGGGGGAAGUACAAGGUUGUUUAUACUACAAGGUCCUGACACAGACAGGCAGGAGGAGUCAGAACUCUCGGUGUCAGAAAUGAAAGAGCAGCGGGAGAAACAGCUCAAGGAGGCGGAGCUUCUACGACAAGCCGAGAUGGAGGAGGCGGAACGGAAGGCAGAGCUAAUCAAGCAGAGGGAGGAGCUAGUGGGGUGUUCCUGGGGUAUCAAUGAAAACGAGGAAGUAGAAGAGGACGAAAACGCUGAGAAUCCUUUCGCUGCUCUGGAGCCAGAGAAUGAAUCUUUGUAUAUUAAUGAUCCAAAGAAGUCACUUAAUAGUUAUUUUGAGAGGGAAGGUCUAGAGUUACCAGAGUAUGAUUUUCAUGAGGCUGGGUUUGGAAAGUGGAAGUGCAGCAUUGAGUUGCCAAUUGAUUCCCCAAAUGGGGAGCCUAUGGUUGCAGAAGUAGUGGUUUCGGGUAAAAAGAAGGACGCUGUGGUGGCGUGUGCUCUUGAGGCUUGUAGGAUUCUUGAUAAGCACGGAGAGUUGAGAAAAUCUGCUCAAGAAAGCCGGAAGAAGAAGGGCAAGAAUUGGGAGGAUGAUGAUUUCUAUGAUAGUGAUGAGGACACGUAUCUGGAUAGGACAGGUGUGAUAGAGAAAAAGAGAGAAAUGCGGAAACAUAAAGUGGGAAAAUCUGAUCAGAGCACCGAAACAUAUGAUACUCUGAUGGCAAAACAUGAGGAAAUAACGAAGGAAAUUGAAGAAAUAGAGGCUAAAUUAGCACAUGCGAAAGCCCAGGCAGCUGCCAUGGAUAGUGAUGAUCUUGAUGCUUUGGAUGCAUAUAUGUCAGCCAUCAAAUCUGGAAUGAUGGACACCAAAACAAAGAUGAAGCUCAAAAGACAACUUAUGGAAUUGAAACAGGAGGAACAAAAAGUCAGGAAACUUGUUAAUAUUGCUAAACCAGCCUCUCUUCCUGCUGCAUCAGCACAGAAACCUGACAUAAUGAAGGCAGGUAUAACAACUGGUAUUGGCAAAAUAAAAGGACCGAGUUCAGGCAAAGUUGUGAAAAAAGUGGUUCCAGUUGAAAAACCCAAAAAACGUGUAGAAGAAGAGGACGAAAGUGAAGAAGAUGAGGAAGAUAAUCAACAACAAACUAUACAAAGUGAAACGAAGAAAGAAUCAGUAAAAGUGCAGUAUAAUCAAGACAUUGAAAUAUCAACAGGUAAACCUAAAUCUACUAUUGGUGACACAACAACUCAGAAUGGACAGAAUGAGAAAGUUAAUUCCAUUAAAACAAAUCCUAGACAAAAGGGGCCAAGUUUACCACUUGCAGCAGUUCUUGAGAAAUUACAAGAGGAAGCGACUGAGGAGGAAAACAAAAUGGAGAAUUCGGGAGAGGAUAAAACUAUGGGCAAGAGAAAGACAGUUGAAAGUUCAAAAAGCAAAAGUAAAAGACCAAAGAGUGACACUGGUUAUUCUGAAGAUGAUCCUGACUAUGCCGUGUGGUUACCACCACAAAAUCAGUCAGGUGAUGGUAAAACACACCUAAAUGAAAAACUGGGGUAUUAGCAUCUAUCAACUUGUGAUUUCUUGUAUGGGCAUGUGGUUCAGAGAGAUAGAUUUAGUCAGAAUGGUGAGCAUUCCUGAUAGUAUUCAUGACUUAUUUGUUGCAAAUAUUUGUUAAACACUAGAAUUAACUUCAUUUCUCUGAGAUCUCAUGCACAAGUACUGUCAGUCAUCUGAGAUGUUUUGUUGUAAUUUCAUUAGCUUCCAUUAUGUAAACUUGUACCACUAUUGAAGAUGCAUUAAGGAAUUAGAAUUUAUAAAAUAUUUUUGACAAACCAAAA